CCACGGCGUGCUAUCCGGGAAGGAACGCAAUCCACGCUACGGGCUCAGGUACGUCCGUCAAAGGCAAGCGUUCCAAUGUAAAACAAGCGCUGAACAAUACUUUCCACUCACUCUUGUUGGAGUCACUUACCGAAACAACGAGUGCUUAGGCGGCUACUCGUCAGCCUAUCAGCUAGCUCCUCCCUUUCAGCGUUCGUUCCCAUUAGCCGAUAUACGUUUCCUGUGUCGUCAUUGGACGCACCAUUUUAUUGUAGUUACUCAGUAGUGAAAACAAAGUAAAAGCUCGCGAUCCGCCCUCUCGUUCGCGGCGGCUCAGCGACUCACCCUGUAGAAGAGUUACACAACACAUUGUAGACCCAUUGCAUGCUGGACGUGCGGCGCUUGGAACCCCCCCACCACCACCAAGAAAGUAAAGACUGUCUAACACUAAUCAACCCGACCGUAGGGACACACCUCGAGACAACAGCAACAAGCGACCGGCUUCAUGGUGGUACUGAGAAUGUCCUCUAAGCGGAAGAGCCCCCCAACGAAGCUCUCGACUGACCAGCUGAACCAAAACAACGUCGACGGUCCUAUACACGUUGUGAACGAAAAUGAUUUAGACGACGAAAGUAAAGAACCUGAAGAAGAAGACUUAGUUCUGAACUCAGCUGAUCGGGCGAAAUUAGAGCAGCGAAAAGGAGAUAUUUAUCAUAGACUAAGUCCCAUUGACGAGAUGUUUUCGUCUGAGAACUACAUAGAAGAGGUUCUACAACACCGGGAUGAAGCCGACUCUAGUGAUAGUUUGGUCAGUGAUUCUGGCAUUAAAGCCGUGACCGCACUUCUCCACAGCCGGAAACAAAGACUGUUACAGAGCGUAUCAUCCACUCGCUCCGAAUCCACAACGGACUCGGAAUACGACUCGGAGGGUUGCUACACCGGAAUUGAAGGAGGUAAUUAUGCAAGUUCGGCUGAUAACAGGCCGUCAUCUGAAAUACUGAAUAACGUACAUGUCAGCGAAACCAGCAAACCCCCUGGUGUCCAUACCGGAAAGAGGAGGAUGGAUGACGUAUUGAAAAGACUUACAUCCAAAAUGAGCACUAGUGCAUUGCUGAGUGAUCAAACUGUGGGGAGGGGUAUCGGAGAAAACAUACUGGAACAACAGUCAAGCACUUGCCCGGGAGAAAAACACGAGAAAAGUAUAUCCAAUUCAAUAAAGGUUGAGGAAGAAAAAUAUUACCUUCUAGCAAAUUCUGAAGGUCUUCACACUGCUUUACCUGGAGAUAGCCUAAAUGAAAAAGAGCGCCGCCUAACGGAGAUGAUUCAGCAAUUACAAGAACUUCGGGAUCAGUUGGUAGCCCAGCAGCGACACCAAAGUCGGGUAAGAUGA